CGGAAACCUCUCGUGUUUUCAUUUAUCUCUCCUUUUACGAGAAAGUAAUGAGAUGAAGAUAAACACAGGUCAAUUUUUGCGAUUGUUCUGAGAUUCUUGGAAUGAAAUUGAAGUGAGAAAAGAGAACAAGAAUGACCACCCGCGCAGCAACCUUCAAUUCAAAGAUCAAGAACCUGAAAGACUACAGAUUUCGGAUACUGAACAACUUGACUCCUCAGCCCACUGGAAUCGAAAUCGAGAACACCCUUAAAUAUUUCUCACAAACUCUGAGAAGUGUACUUAAAGAUGUCCCCAACAUUCCAGCGGAGAGCUAUGGACCCCGACAAAGAGACAGUGUUCGACAGUCUGUGUUUCCUAAUCUCAACUACACAGGGUUAUACUAUGCCAUUUUGAACAUGAUAGACAUUGUCCCAACAAUGCAAAUGAAACAGAUAGAAAUAGGCGAGUAUGUUCUGAAGGUGCUAGGCUGUCUUGUUCCGUUCCUGGAACACGACCUACUGGACUCCCUUCCUUACACUGUGGCUUCCACUCUUGCCAUUUUUCCUCCGACAUUACACAAGGACACAAUCGAUCUGCUUUGUAGCAAUAUGCUCCCAAUGACCCUGGGUUAUGAUGGCUGUUUUGAGCCGUCGUAUGCCAGUGAAUCAGCAGCUGCUAUCAUAACAAUGGUUCUUCAGCACACGGAUAAUGGAUCUUUUCACUCCCAGAUUCUGGAGUGUUUUAUGAGCAUCAAAAGAGACCUGAUUAAGGACAUAUUGAGUAUUGUGGCAUAUGGUCCAUUCACUGCCAGAGCACCUGCUGCUAACCUGCUGUUUUAUUACUGGCCUCAACUAAAUCCUGCACUGACUGACAGAAGAGGAAUUCAUUAUAAAUACACAGCUUGGCCCCCGGUGCUGUGCCAAAGACAAGGCUGUGUAAACUCAGGGAACUGUCAGGCUGUCAAGAUGUGUUUAAAUCCUGCUCUAGCCAUUCACUCCGGGGACAAGCCUCCUCCUCUGUACAUCUGUAGUGACUGCGCCGACGAAUUGAGAAAGGAACACAGCGAAUACAUAACUGACAUUCUACUGCCAAUGUCACAUGUCUCGACUGUAUGUGAGAAUAAGAACUGUAAGUCGGAAGACAAUCUAGCAGUGUGCACGUGUUUCUCUAUUGAGUGUGCCAGCUACAAUGGUAAUCGACCAAUCAGAUACUGCGAACACUGUGACAAUCAGCGACACAACUCGAAGAGAGGGGAGCUACACAUUUAUCACCGCAGUAUUCCGGAGAUUUGGGACUGCAAUAUGGAAGUUCAGAGAUACUUAACUGACGGAAUCGUAAGCUUACUGAAAGAGGCUCAACCAAUAGAAUCCAAGCGUCUGCUUGAGAUGGGUGAAGACUACCAGCAGACUACUGCAGAGGAGGAACAACUGCUGCUGAUUGAAGAGGCAGGCGAGAGAAAGUUACUGAGUCGAUAUGGAAUCUGGCUGCUGGUGGAACUGUGCACUCCGAGAGACGACAUCUCAAUCGAGGUGCUCGGGCGGUUAUUGGGGAUGCUGUUUCAGUGGUUUGAUGCGACCGCCUAUCUUCCAGAUGACAAUGUUGGGAAUGCUUUGGAGAGGUUGAAGGAUGAAUAUGUGUGUGAUUGGUUGGAUGAAGUGGCUAAAACUCACUUUGAGGUCAUUGUGUCCUGCCUAUUGCCACACCCAGUGGAGUAUGCCAGGGUGGGAGGAUUCUGGGACACCUUGUGUUCCAGAACUGUGCAGAUCAAAGAAGGCCUCAACUGUUUCUUCUGUUUGGUGCCGUAUGAUGUCAUCACUUUUGAGAUGUGGGACUAUGUGAUGCCCUACUGGUUGGAAGCCAUCAGAACAGAAGUUCCCUCGGAAGACCUGCGCCACCUCAAAGUCCUGCUGAAUAAAUCUUUCGACAUGGACCUCUGUCCCCUACCCUUCGGAACAGAUUCUGACAAGAUGUACCACUUUAUUUCGGAGAGAUUUGAUGAUAACAGUGCAUAUGUACAAGAGCAAGCUUUACAAUGGCUACAGAUCCUCUCCUCACUAGACAUCUAUUUGCCAAUCCACAUGCUACUAAGUAUGUUUAUAUCGGGGGUGCAGAACAUGACAGUCACCCUUAAACAGCAAAAUACAGCCGAGUCUGAUUCAUCCUGUCCCAAAGAAGAGACGAAGUCCUCCCAUCACCAAUCUUUCCCCCAGAAUUCCCCGGAGGAGGAGUGCCCUCCACCCCUCAGUCCUGCGAAGACUCACGUGGUGGUAGAAGCAUUUGAGAUUUAUGAUCGGGAGACAGAACUUGUGCUCCCAUGUUACAUCAUGAUGCUGGAUCUAAUCCUGAAACAGUUGGAGCUGCAGAACUUCCCUAAAUACCUCGGCCUGUACAACGAGACGAGUCGGCAGAUCAUGCAGCUGUUGACGCUGAUGCUUGGAACUCCCUGGGAUGGCACACACAUCUGUUCAGAUGAACAGCAGGCCAAUAGUUGUAUGUUCUGCCAGAACACGGCCCUGUGGCAUCAGGUCACGUCACAGGUCAUGCAGAACUUCUGUCCCCUCAGCCAGUUAAAAAUUCCAACAAAGGAAAUCCCACGAGUGGACGAGUCAAAACGGAUGUCCUCCACCCCGAUGUGCAUGUCCAGAAAAAGUUCAAUGACUUCUAAUGAUGACGUGGAAAGCACAGUAGAAGAGAAAGAGGAGGAUCCAGGAUUUGACAUGAGCAAUAUGCCACUACACCUGCAGCUCCACCAUGCCUUCCUACAGGAGCUUGGUAAUGUGACAGACACGGAUGCAGGAUUUGCUUUGUUGACUUCGAUGAAGUAUCUCAUUCUGAAUGGAGAAUGCCUGAAUUACACCGUGACACAAUUUCCUGAUUAUGUUAAAUUCUCACUCAGCAAGUACUUAAUUCCCAAUCUGUGGAAGCUGCUGAAGGGGAAGCAGUCCCAGCUGGCCUAUGUAGCUGUCCCCCUCCUCUUACACUGCCUGACCCUCCCCACUGGAUCGGAUAUUUUCUGGAAGCUAGUGGAAGAGGAUUUUACAAAUGAGGAGUGGAAGAUCAGAUUUGCUGCAGUGGAGAAAGUGACAGUGCUUUCCAGAUUUCUAGAGACCGACGGACUACAGUGUAACCAGAUUAUACAGACAGCCCUGGCUCAUGCAUUCUGUCUCCUGAUUGGUUCCGUGGAAGAUAUCAACACAGCUGUAGCACAACGGGCCACUCAGUAUCUAGAGACGAUCAAAUCCGCGGCCAUCAAGUGCCUGUGUAAGUGCCUGGAGUUCCAGUUUGAUCAUGUGAUCAGCGAUCGGAUCAUGAUCCUCCAGAGACUGCACCUGCUGUCGAACAUGCUGAGGGACUGCGACAUCCUCAACUGGGAAUUUUUCUUGGCGCGGUUUGAUGCUCUCUCCCUUGAGGCUCAGAUAGAUCUGGAAAAUAGUGGUGAACUAGCUUGUCUUACAGACUUGACCAGCAGUGAACGAGACAGCGAACACUUCCUGAGGAAGUUGAACCGUGCUCGAUUUGCCUUGGCAAGGACAGACAGCAUCCGUUCCGUCAGCAGCAGCGUGAAGCCGCCGUACAGACGAGCAGUGUCCGUUCCCAUGCACUUACUGACCAAAACUACCCCUCCCAAAGAAACUCAUAGUAAAUGGAAGCUGCUUAUGUAUAAGGUCCUGCUUGAACAAGCCAAAGAGAAAUCGUGUAUCAGGCAGCAAUCAGCUCCUCAUUUUAAUCUGGGUCGACGAAUGACUACAAGGAUGCAGUUCGGAGCAUUUAGCAACAUAUUUCCAGGGGGGAACAUUAAGGAGUUUACCGACGAGGAGAGUAAUUUUACCGCCCUGCUGCAGAAAGCGAUGGACCUGGAGGGGGUGGACAGAGACACUGUGUACCAGCUAGUGGCUUUGCUGAUGAGGUUUAUGGUGACAGUGAAACAAGAUGAUGACAAAAAGAAGGAUAAUAGAAUUCAGAACAUCGUACUUCGACAUUUGAAUGUUCUUCUGGGAUACAACCAGACAGAGAAAUCCUUCAGCGUACCGCCGCACAAACUCAGAUCCUCUGCUGUUUUUAACGCUUUCCUUAGUGGAGUUCCGUUUGUCCUAGACCGUAACUUUGACCUGGGCAAUCAGAUCCUUCCGAUCACGCUGUUGCUGCUGCAGUACGGCCCCUCCCCCCAGAGAUACGCCAGUGACUACCAGCCCCCCAACUACACUCUGUGGUACCUUGAGCCCCACACCCGGAUCUCCUGGCUGACAACACUACUGGUAAUACUGUACAAGUACCAGUUUUACACAUCCCCAGUGUCUGCCAUUAUUCAGACCCUGGUACGAGUUGUCAUCAAUACAAUUGAUGCUCAGCAUCACCGCUGUACGAAAUCUCACGAGGACGGCUUCCUCCCACCUAGUCCCUCGAUGCUCAGAAGUAAAGAUUCCACAAAACUUAAUGACUUGGAAAAUAUUCAGGAAACUGACACACCUCCGCAAAGUCCAAAGGUCAAAGACACAGUGGAGGUCAACUUGGUGUCACCUCCAGAGUACAGCACUGUCCAAUACAAGACAAAUAACACAGAGGGCGUGUCUGCUUUAGAAGAGAGCCACAGACAGGUGGUGUCUGAAACCCCAAAAAGACCCUCCAAGCAGAGGAAACCUAGGAGAAUUGUGGAGUAUACAGAGCCGGAAAUGGACAAAAAUCUCAAAAGAAAACAGUCACCAAGGAGAGCUGCAGAGAUUAGAAGGGGUCACCCGAACAUUCUGCCCGCUCCUGAGAGAUCCUCCUCCCCGGCUCUAAUAGAGGCUACCCAAACUUUUGAAGAAAAGACGGACAUCCCUUCUGUAGACGUUAUCAUGGCCAAACAGUUGAAUGAAUUCUGUAAAAAGGAAGACCAACCAAAGAUCAAGGAUACAUUUAUUGCUAGUCCCCAGAUUUCUCAGGUAACGGACACCAGCAAAGUGACCCAGUUUAGUAGCAAUGAUGCCUCAAGCACACUGACGGGGCCCACCACCACAACAGAACGCAGCAAUGACCUGACAUCUGAGGUUGAAAGUGGAGCAGAAGACAGUGAGAAGCAGACGACGUCGGACACAGAUGGAGAGAAGUACACAGGGGGAGCCACAGAUUCUGGGGACGCUGACACGCAGGAGGAGGGAAAAGGUUUAUUACCCACAGCAAGCCUGUUGAAGGGUACACAGCCCAGGUUCAGAGCUCGGAAGCCGAGGAAGACUGGCUUGAUCACUGUAGAGCUACAGAAGGCUUUCCCAGAACUGAAUGAGCAACUCCAGGAGGAGGCUGUCAUCAAACCGGGAGGGAGAAGAGCCAGGAAAAGUGAAUUGCUGUCGAAACAAAAAGCUGCCAAGAAGGCCUCCUCCUCAAGAUACGGAGACAACAUAAUGGUGGAACGCUGCCCAGAAUGUAGUGCUAUUUUGGAGGAGUAUGAUGAGGAUACGAUUGGUUAUUGUGUGGUUGUCUUGGCAACCUUUAUACACCGAGAACCUGCCCUGGCUACACCGCUGUUGCUGGAAACAUUACAAUGUGUAUCAAGAAUUGCUGCUAGCAGUCCUUAUGUUUGGCAGGUUGACAGUAAUGUUAUGGUGCCGGGAAACAGUGUAAGCAUUGCCAGGCAGUUCAUCAGAUGCGUUUUACAUCAGCUUGCUCCCAACGGAAUCUUUCCCAUACUCUUCCAAAGCAACUUUGAGGAUGUUCACUUCUUUAAGACCAUGGCAGCUGCCUUAGCUGACUUUACGGAGCUGCCCUGUCAUGCCCCGAUACAGCUUCUUCUGGAGGGACUGAACAGCAAGAAGAGUGUGCCUGCAGAUACCAUUAUCUUGCUGCUUAACAAUCUGGCUGACUACAUGAACUGUAUCUCCCUGGAGACGUCAGCUCCGAUGUGGAACAGCAUUGUGGGUAGUUUUGAGAUCUUCCUGAGGAAACUGCACACAGUGCUUCUAACUCCUUUUGAUCCUUCAUCACUUCUGAACAUCAUGAUUUCUAUCCUGAAGGUGUCGGGGAUUAGUAACUACAGGUCAAUCCUGGAGCCCUUCUCUAAACUGUUAAGUUUCAUCAUUCUGAACUGUGCAUUCAAGCUACAGCAGGUUCUGGAUAUCUGCUCCUUGUGUAACAGAGUCUUCUCAAAGGAGAGAGACAAAUUAUACCUGACUAGAACAGUUAUCUUUGAGCUUGUCCAGUCUCUGAAAUUCAAACACAGCUUGCCAGAUGAAAACUUCCUGCUCUUGGUUCAGUUUGUAGUGCUGGACGCUGGUGGUACUCUGGGCUCCACUAACAUUGUCAGUGAAAUGCUGAUGUUGUACAACCUUCAGAGUCAGAUGUUGAUCAGUACGUGUGCUGCGGAGUGUAUGAGGGACCACCUGCACGAGUGUACAGAAUUUGUAGCAGAUCUUCACACACUGACCAAAAUCAAGAACAACAUGAAGGGUGGAGUCAGCAGUCUGAAUGAGGACACACUGGGGAAUCAACUGAAGUCAGGGAUAGCUCAGUUUGUUGCCUUGGAGAUCACUAGAGGCAAUGGUCGAGACAAUAGAGCCAUUUCUCGUUAUCUGCCAUGGCUCUACCACCCGCCAUCUACUGUACAACAAGGCCCAAAGGAAUUUACAGAUUGUAUUGGUCACAUCCGUCUUCUGUCAUGGCUUUUGAUUGGUUCCCUGACCCAUACAGGUAUGACAGAAGGAACUGCCCCUAUUUCCUGUCAGCCAAUCCCAUUGGAUGCCAGCUCCUACAUUGCAGAACAUGUGUUGGUUAUCAUGACUGGAUUUGACGAGAGAUCAAAGGAUUCUGUGUUGCACAUGAGUUCUCUCUUCCAUGCCUUUAUUCUGUGUCAGCUGUGGACGAUGUACUGUGAAUCUACUGCAGCCCAGUACCCGAUAGACACCGAAAGCCACAAAAUGGCCUCUACCAUGGUGAUGGACUUCUGGGGGCGUGUCACUCCCGGCAUUUUACAGAUGUUGAAUACACCCAAAGAGCAUGAGCGCCCACAGCGACAGUUAGCAGAAAUGGUGAAUCUUCAUUUCCUGAGUUUAAUGGAGGCCUUACGGGAAUGCAAUUCUUCUGUUCUGGCCAAACUUUAUCCCAUGUGGACUUCAAUUCUGUUUACCUACCAUUCUCAGUUGCCUGGACAUCUGCAGGUGAGGUUACAGACUGUGGAGAACUGGAAGCCACCCAGUACAUCCAAAGACCAGCCCUCCUUUAACAUCCUACUGACCUGGUUAAAGCGGAUUCAAUUUAAACUCGGACAGGUGGAAGUUCAGUCUUCAGCCGCAACACAGUUUUACUCAGUGUGAACAGCUAUAACACAGUUUUACUCGGUGUGAACAGCUAUAACACAGUUUUACUCGGUGUGAACAGCUAUAACACAGUUUUACUCGGUGUGAACAGCUAUAACACAGUUUUACUCGGUGUGAAUAGCUAUAACACAGUUUUACUGGGUGUGGACAGCUGUGACACAGUUUUACUCUUUGUGAACAGCUGUGACACAGUUUUACUGUAGUGACGGACAUAUGGGGCUCAAAAUCUUAUUUUAAAAAUGAAGAGAACAUAUGUAGAAACACCUGGAGACAAACCAGUGUUGUUCAGAAGAACAGAUGAAUAUUUCACUGUGGGCUCUUCUCGGAGCGGUUUAUUAAUUGUUAGAAUUGUUAAGAUAAUGGUAUAUAUUUGUUUGUUUUGGAAUCGAGAAAUUUUUAUAUACAUGUAAGAUAUAAAGUUGAUGUACCGUAAUUAAUUCUAUAUUGUGCAAUAAUUAAAUCUAUUGACCCAUAAUCAAAUUUAUUAUACAGUGUAUGGAAACAAACAUCAGCACAGAGGCAGUGCAUUCAAAAAUGCAGCUAGUUUUAGCUGAUACCCAUACUAAAUUCAAUACUAUUUUUAGAGUAGUGUGGUAUUUUUUUAGUAGUUGUCUUUCUGUAGAAUUCACUGUUAUUUGUUUACAUAUUUUACCGAAGGUUGUGCAAUAAUACAUGUAGAUGUAAUUGUUGAUGUGUUGUGUUAAGAGAGGACAUUUUAGAAUUAAAUAUUUGUCCCAUGCA